UUGGCAGAUAUUUUACCUUGAAACACUUAGGUAUGUCCUUCGGGAAAUGGGGAACUUUUGAAAAGGACGUGUGAUGGCUGAAAUAUUUUAUAAUGGUAGGAGAGUUGACGGUCGCCGACCAAAUGAAAUUAGACGAGUGGAUUGUCAGUUUGGCUCGGGUUAUUCUGACGGGAUUGUAUUUCUGCAUCAAGGGAAUACCAAGGUGAUUGCAUCCGUGGUUGGGCCCCAUGCUCCUAGAGCAAAAGGUGAUGGUGUUCCAGAUGGUGCAACGAUAACGUGCCAAUUUACCAAGCCUCCGUUCGCAUCAACUUCAGGGGAACGUCGCAAACUGUCAUCAAAUGAUAGAUCAGCGAAUGAUUUUGCUACUGCCAUUGAGGAGAUAUUUUCAUGUGUCAUCAGGACAGAAAAAUACCCAAUGUCUCAAAUAGAUAUUUUUCUUGAAGUUAUUCAGUCAGAUGGCUCUGAGUUUGCUUGUGCUGUAAAUGCAACUACACUUGCCUUAACUGAUGCUGGAAUUGAAAUGGAUUACCUCGUCAGUGCAGCUACAGUUGGUCUUUGGGGUUCACAUGUGUUCGCUGACCUUUGUCGCUUUGAGGAGAACCCACGUAUAUCACAGUUAACCGUUGUUUGUCUUCCCAAUCUUCAUCAGCUUUCUGGAGUAAUUACAGAGGAGCAAACAGGCCAGUGGAAAGGUCAGCCUCAAAUCCUUCAUACACGUCUCUCUUCUUGGUUACCUGUUGAGAGACUACAACCACUCAUGACAGAAGCUGUGAAGGUGGCUCAAACACUUCAAAAGGAAUUUUCUUAUUGGCUACGGGGUCGUGUACGUAGUGGUCUUAUCACCAGAUGACUAACGUGAUCCACCUUUAUAAAGACAUUUUGAGCGGCGCCAGAUAUACUAUCUGAGUAUAAUGUUUCACGACUGACCAUGUGAAGUUACUAAAUAAAUUUUGAUCCUGACUUUAAACUUAAUUAAACGAAACUGAUUGCUUUACAUGUUAUGCAGCACAAAAUUCUCUUACACAAUUACUGCGCUCAAAUAAUCUAGUUAGUUUCCUGGUGAGAAUGCUGCCUUCAUCCUUGAGAUGCAAUUGAGGUAGGUUUUUUUGAAUUGGACAAAUGAGCCUUCACCUUAAAAGUAAAACCCAAUAAACGAUGUAGAGACUCCUCAUAGUGACCGAAGACUGAGGCUGGUUUAGACGUCAUUCAUCCAUUCAAGGUCCUGCAAUUCAUAUAUGCUACUAAUAUGUAUCAUUCUAGGUGGAAUUCUCUGACCUUUCAACCGCACUCAGAGCUCUAGACGUACGGUUUUAUGGAAACACGCAUGCUACUUAAGGGACAGUAAGUAGUAUCCAAAAAACUAUCAAACCUCACUUUUGUAAAACGUUUAUGGAGAGAGCUAGCUCUCUCCUUAAUGUACGUCGUAGUUCAUAACGUUUAAUUUUGUUGUUUCCAUUGCAAACUGACCGUGAUAAAUUCCUUGCAUUUUAGGACUAUUUCUGCUGAAUAUAUAUUUAUAUAUCUUAUUAUCCUUCUACAGUUCGAGUUUUAAAAUCCUAUUCUAAUAAGCAAUACGGUCAUCUGUUUGCCGAAUUUUAUUCAUCACAGUUUGGGAAAGUCCAGUUCAUUCAUAAUACCAGGUCUAGUGAAUAAUACAUCGUACUCGGUUACGUGACAGUAUCUAUUUCGAAAAACUGACUUAUCCCAUUACUCAGAACGUACAAUUGCGCCAGCACACGCAACAGCUAACUUACUACAGUUUCUCUCUAUGAUAUCAUAACAUGCAUUAAACAGCCUGGAAUAUUUCGUCGAAAAGUUCUUGGAUUUCUUGUCAAGUCCUACCACAAAUCAGCAG